ACCCGCACCGAAGGGACCUGGGAGGGGGGCGCUUUUUCCGUCGUCCUUUCCCCGAGUGCAUGAGCCCUUCUCCACCCUUCCCUCUGUCGCUGUGGACCCUGCUCCCACGGGUCCCUUCCGUCUGUCUGUCUCAGGACCUCCCUUCCGUCUGGGUGUGUGUCAGCCCCUAACGGGCUUCCUCCUGUUGGGCUGGGUUCUGCCCGGCUGUCUCAGGCCCACCCUCCCUGCUCUUCUCCGGUGUGUGUUUCUGUCUCUGGACCCCCCAGUUUCCACGGUCUGUAGAUCCCCACAUUCCCUCUGUGUCUUCCAGGCAGAUCCCCCCUCUCGCCCCCCCCCACCCUCAGUCUGUUUGUUUCUAACUCUCCUACUUCCCACACCGCCAUCCUUUUCUACUUAAAGUCCCCUCCUUCUUUUCUGUCUGUGGGUCUGUGUCUGUCUGUGGGUGUCUCUCGCCCACAGCUCCCACUGCAGUCCUCUGCCUGUGGAUCAGCUACCCAGUCUCACCCCUCCAGCUGCCCCUUUAUUGCCCCUUUUCUCUUAGUGAUUCCACCCAAGUCCCAGAGUCUUUUUCCCCACGUGGCCUCAGGUUUUGGGGUGUUUAUAGCUAAGUCUAACUAUCUACUGCCCCUGCCACUCCCCACCCUCGCCCAGCCCUCUUCCCUGUAGCUCUUCUCACAUUCCUUUUUCUCUCUCUGUCUGUCUCUCUCUCUCUCUGUUUCUCCAGCCACCGUGACAGGUCCCUUCCCAAGCCCCUAGGGACAGCAGAGGACUUGGGGACCAGCAAGCACCCCCAGGGCACGAGAAAAGCCUCUGCCAUCUGCCCUGCCUCAUCCUGCCCCACGCCAGGCCCAGCCGCCCCGGCCCCCGGCUGCAUCAAGUGGAGGAGGAGGAGGUGGAGGAGGGUGGCACCAUGGGCCUGGGCCGUGCCCUCCAUGCCCGGGGGAUGAAGACACUGCUGCCAUGGACAGCCCGUGCCAGCCGCAGCCCCUGAGUCAGGCUCUCCCUCAGUUGCCGGGUUCGGUGUCAGAGCCCUUGGAGCCUAGCAGGGCCAGGAUGGGGGUGGAGAGUUACCUGCCCUGUCCCCUGCUGUCCUCCUACCACCGUCCAGGAGGGCCUGGUGAGGCCUCGGCGGGGAGUGGGACCCCCAGAGCUACAGCUACUUCCACCACAGCCAGCCCCCUGCGGGAGGGCUUCGGUGGGCAGGAUGGCGGCGAGCUGCGGCCGCUGCAGAGUGAGGGUGCUGCGGCACUGGUCACCAAGGGGUGCCAGCGACUGGCAGCCCAGGGCGCCCGGCCCGAGGCCCCCAAACGGAAAUGGGCAGAGGAUGGUGGGGAUGCCCCCGCCCCCAGCAAGCGGCCCUGGGCCAGGCAGGAGAACCAGGAGGCAGAGACAGAGGGGGAGGGCUGCAGCAGUGGCAGUGGUGAGGCCAGCGCCGGGCUGAGGGAGGAGGUGCUGCCCGCUGCACCUGAGCGCCUGGCCCUGGACUAUAUUGUGCCCUGCAUGCGGUACUAUGGCAUCUGCGUCAAGGACAGCUUCCUGGGGGCGGCGCUGGGUGGCCGAGUGCUGGCAGAGGUGGAGGCCCUGAAGCGGGGCGGGCGCCUGCGUGAUGGGCAGCUAGUGAGCCAGCGGGCUAUCCCGCCACGCAGCAUCCGUGGGGACCAGAUUGCCUGGGUGGAAGGCCAUGAGCCAGGCUGCCGAAGCAUCGGUGCCCUCAUGGCCCACGUGGAUGCUGUAAUCCGCCACUGUGCUGGGAGGCUGGGCAGCUACGUCAUCAAUGGGCGCACCAAGGCCAUGGUGGCAUGUUACCCAGGUAACGGGCUGGGGUACGUGAGACACGUUGACAAUCCCCAUGGCGAUGGGCGCUGCAUCACCUGCAUCUAUUACCUGAAUCAGAACUGGGAUGUCAAGGUGCAUGGCGGCCUGCUGCAGAUAUUCCCUGAGGGCCGUCCCGUGGUAGCCAACAUUGAGCCACUCUUUGACCGGCUGCUCAUUUUCUGGUCUGAUCGGCGGAACCCCCAUGAGGUGAAACCAGCCUAUGCCACCAGCAUCAGGACAGAAGGGUGUCCAAGUACCUGUAUCACAGCCGACUACGCCCACCUAGUGGCUAGCCCCAGUGCUGCACGGACAGACAGCUUGCCUGACUUCGGGAGAGCCCUGGGCCCGGUGCCGCCAGUCACGGUGCCUGCUCCUGCCCCGCCACUGCCGCUGCUUCUGACUUUGCCUCUGUUUUGCCUGGUGUGGAGGGCUCCAUCCAUCGCUGAGGACCAAGGAGGAGGAGAGACCUCUGCUGCCCUGGGCUGGGGGCUGGGGUUGUGACUUGGGCAGAGGCCGGUGUUGGGGACUGCCGUUACUGGAACUGGGGGCCUGUGUCCUGCCCUGUCUGGUCAUGCAUGUCCCUCUCAGGUUUGGAGAGCUGGAAGGAGGCGUUGCCACCUCCCACCAGAAUGCAGGAUUUGGGGUUGGGGUGAGUCAUGGCCUCUUGCUGGCAAAGGUUUGUGGGGGAGUAUCCCCAAGCCCCCCACUCCUCCAGCCUGGAACGGGAAGUGACUCCCCAGCCCCUUUGGCCAUGGCACCUUUUGGACUAGGCUGCCGCUGCUGGGCAGGAUGAAAGGUGCUGGGAGGAGCAUGGGCCUGCAAGUCCUGUCAGCCAAGAAAUAAAAGUUUACCUCAGA